AUGGCCGCAUUGGUGUCCUAUGAGGAUUCUGAGGAUGAAUGUCUGGAUCAGAAAGACGGAGCUGGAUCAGAACAAGAAGCGAGGGAAUGUCAUUUAAUGGAGAUGACAUCUAAACCUGACAGCACAUUGUUGGACUGCCACCUAAAUGUCUACGGAAAAGACAGUUCCUGUUCACAAAAGCAAAGAUGUUCUUUUAGUUCUUAUGCCGAUCGUCAAAAGACUACCCUGCUCCCUAACAACCCAGUAAACUUAGUUAAAAAUCCCAAAAGACCCUGCACUGUCUCAUCUGGUGUCCGACCUUACAUUCCCAAAAGACAAAGACUUCUCACUUCACCAGGAGAGAAAGAAGAGAACUUAAAAGGGGACAUACACAGCAAAGAUGCCCAAAUGCUGUCUACUGUGUCGCCAAAAGUGAAGCCGCAUCUUUCUCAAAUGCCCGCAGCUGCCGGGAUACCCAAAAAGCUUCUGCUGAGCCUUCAAGGCCACCAGGGUCCGGUCAACACACUACAAUGGUGCCCACCCCCACAGAGAAGUCAUCUUCUGCUGUCUGCCUCCAUGGAUAAAACCUUUAAGGUAUGGGAUGGAGCCGAGAGUGGACGUUGCCUGAGGGUUUACACCUGCCACUCAGGAGCUGUCCGAGACGCCUGUUGGAGCCCCUGCGGGCGCCAGAUCCUCUCUGGCUCAUUUGACAACACAGCCGUGGUUACUGACGUGGAGACGGGCCAACGCAUCGUCAAAGCGGAUAACCAGUUCAAGGUUAUGUGUGUGGUCCCGCAUCCCACCAACCCUGAGGUGUUCAUGUGUGGAGGUUACAGUUCAAUGGUCAAUGCCUGGGACUCUCGCUGCUGCAAGAUCGUUAAAGUGUACAAAGCAGGAAUCCAACAGACUUUGGACAUUCUCUUUCUGAGAGGUGGCCUGGACAUCAUCACAAGCUCGGACUGUGUUAGCAGGGACUCAGCAGACCGUACCCUGAUCGCAUGGGACUUUCAUACCACUGCCAAAAUCUCCAACCAGAUCUACCAUGAGCGUUACACAUGCCCCAGCUUAGCUCUCCACCCGCACGAGGACUCCUUUGUAGCCCAGACCAACGGCGACUACGUGGCCGUGUUUUCCUCCCAACGACCCUACAGGAUGAACAAGAAGCGACGUUACGAAGGACAUAAGGUCGAGGGAUAUGCGGUCCAGUGUGAAUUCUCUUCGGAUGGAACUCUUCUAGCGUCCGGCAGCUCUACCGGCUCAGCCCACUUCUACGACUACCACAACGCUCGCCUACUUCGCACUCUGCAAGCACACCGACAGCCGUGCUUAUGCGUGUCCCAACAUCCUGUCCUGCCGGCCACUGCCGCCACUUGCGACUGGGCCGGUGAGAUCAAGGUCUGGCACUGA